AUGGCGAUUGCUCAGCCAACAAAGUCGAGAAUGGCUCAUGUCAACAUGAUGACAGACACCAUUAUUGCAAACCUUUCACCCGAUGCGCUGCGUUCCAUCAUGCGGUCUCUCCUUGCCUUGUAUCCCAGUCUCACGGCGACGUUCGAGGGAGUGACGAGGGAUUACCUACAGUCGAACGCACUGCGAUCAGAUGCACUGCUCGAUGAUAAUGGUACACUGAACGAAACCUCUUCCCUUUUGCAGGCGCGCAUCCGCUGCAUGCUGGGAUGCAACCUCUGCUAUCAGAGUCUCCCUCUGCUGGGCUCCAUCGUGGAUCAAACAAAGGACAUCAAUGACGAAGAGAUAUGGGGGCUACUGGCACCUGUUGACGCGGAUAUUGUCCAAGCAGCUACGGCUGUUCAGAAAACCCUAGCGGUGCCGACGGGGUCUCGAGUUCUGUCUAUCGACGAACAUAAGUUAGUCGACAGACUUUACAGCAGCCUCGUGGCUUGCCAGAGGGAGUGCACUAUACAGAGCAGAGAGUUCCCAUUUGAGAGGGGGCUAAUGGCAAUUGCCAGCUUGCUGGGCUGUCCGGUGCCCCCAUCCGGAGGCACCGUUGUGCCGGACUGCAAAUCUCUCGACGGAGGAGUAGUAUGUGCGCCUCCAACCGCGACGGAGACAUUCUGGCUGGGAGACAGGGAAUUGCCGCGUAUUUUCUCUGGGCUGUGGCAGCUAUCAGGCCCGGCAUGGGGGUCAGCCCCCGCAUCCAAGAUUGUGAGCCAGUUUGCGAGACAUGUCGGGAGCGGGUUCACUGCCUUCGACAUGGCUGACCACUAUGGUGACGCUGAAAUCAUCUUCGGCCGUUUCCGGUCAUCGUAUCCGCAUCCAGAUGCCAUUUUUGCCGCUACAAAAUACUGUGUCUUCCACCCCAUGACGGUGUCACGCGAAGCCGUCCGCGCCAAUGUCACAGAAAGAUGCCAACGCCUGCAAACUGACAGGAUUGAUCUUCUUCAGUUCCAUUGGCAGUUUUAUGAUGAUCCACAAUAUAUCGAUGCCACAAGGUUUCUGCAAGAGGACGAGCGAGUUUCUAAGUUGGGCCUCUGCAAUUUCGAUACGGAGCAUUUACAAAGAAUACUUGACAGUGGAGUGAAAGUAUACUCCAACCAGGUCCAGUUCUCUUUGAUGGACUCGCGACCGACUGUUAAGAUGGGAGAAGUCUGCGGAAAACAUAACGUGAAGCUGUUUACCUACGGUACCUUAUGUGGUGGCUUUCUGGCUGAGAGAUGGCUUGGAAAACCAGAGCCUGCUUUAUACGACAGCACAGUAACACCCAGUCAAAGAAAGUAUUACGCCAUGAUUCAGAGCUGGGGCGGCUGGGAGCUAUUUCAAGAAUUACUUCGGGUGCUCAAAUCAAUCGCCAUAAAAAGGAAUGUAUCCAUUUCCAAUGUUGCCACGCGGUGGGUGUUGGAUUUCCCAUAUGUCGGGGCAGUCAUCGUUGGAGCUCGCAUGGGCAUCAGCGAGCAUCUUGACGAAAACCAAGCGAGCUUCGGCUGGUCGCUAGACAAUUCAGACCAAGAUGCCAUUGAAGAUAUCCUAAAGAGGAGUAAGCGGCUGGAAAUGUUUGAGUCGAUGGGUGAUUGUGGUGGAGAGUAUCGGUAGAUUCUGGGAUGGCUCGCUCUUCUGCAUUAUCGAUGUAUAUAUUCAGGGGAAUGCCGUCAAACGAACUUACCCAGGAUAAAAAAUAGUCGCAUUCAUGUCUGG